AUAUUAUUAAUUCUAACAGAAAAAUAAAAGAACCGUUGGAAGAUCUUUGAAUCCACAUUCAGGUGAAAAACCUCUGAUCCAUGUCGAGAGAGAGGGCCAAACGAGAAUUAUCUCUCGUUCAAGAGCAUAUUUAAAAAUCGAGGAAAGUGGUAGAGGAAGGCAAUUAUAUGGAGCGUUGCAGAUGUACAACUACAAAUCAAUCAGAGUGCAAGAUCGUAUCAGGUUCCCGUACAGCCUCAUUUGGGAGACGUGAGCGGCGAUGAAGAUGUCCAAAAUCUCCAAGAAUCUCUUAGAGAAGCCACAUAUCACGGGUAGAAAACUUAACUUGGUUCUUGAGAGCUGCUAUAAAAGUUUGGAGGGCCAAGUACUGGAUAUCCUGAGUUGCAUGCUAUGCUGGCCGAUUCUCUCCACCGAGUGUCCUGAGCAUGUAAUCCUCUUGUGGCCGUUUGCUGCAAGUGCCAUGUUUCAUUUGGUCUGCAACUUGCAAGUCAUUCACUUUGAAGACUAUGCGAAACUUUUAGACGGGGAGUCAGAAAUCUCCCUUUUCAUCUACGAGCACAUACGUUUGCGCUAUUACCUCUCCAAAAUAAGCCAUAGGUUCCGAAUCUUACUGCUUCUACAGUUCCCGGUUGUUACAGUAAGCCAGUUUACUACGCUUUUCCAGACCACUGCGUACAGUGGGCGUAUCACAUACAUAAAUGGUGGUGAUUUCGCGGCUACUUUGCAGGGUUAUCCUGUUGAAGAUGACCAUGCGAUUGCACAAGCAGCUCUCAUGUACUUAUCUAUGGGUAACAUGAAAGAUGCAAGUUUAUGAUGGAUGAGAUUAAGAGACAAAAAAAAAAUCCCGAGCUUUCAGAGUCACACCUUAUCCAAUUUAUCUCAUAUCUUCUGGAAACGAUGCAUUGCUUCUUUUCAAUAUGUUAAGAGUAAAAUUUAAGUCCUGCAUAGGUAGAGAACCAUUGCUUAGCGAGCGCCUUGUGAAUAUUGGAGGAAAUCGAGAUAGAACAUAUCUAGAACACCACAUCACAUAAAUCGGAAAUAAAGGUUAAAAUUUUCUUCAUAAAAUGUGAAACUGGAGAGAGAAGAUAUGCCGAGAGAAUUUUUUUUAAAAAAAGAUAUGUUUUUUAUUAUCUUUUUAAUAUUUAUUUAUAUUAAAAUUUAGAUUAAUUUAAAUUUGAUUAACUUUACAUUAGUUGUGAAACUAAUCGGGCAUGAUAUCCAGCCAUUUGAAUUCAUUUGGUCGUUAAAAAUUGCCUAUGUUUAAUUUGUUUUUACAACUGAUGUAAACCAAUCGAUUUUUUAUUAAAAAAAAAUUAUAAUAAUAAUAAUAAGAAAUUUGAAUCUAAAUGUUAUUUUUUCUAAUUGUUUCAGGUUAAAGAUUUCUCAACAAUCACGCCAAACAUAGAAACAAAAUUUACAUCAUUCUUUAGAAUUUUGUAAUUAUAUUUAUUUAUUUUAAAAGAUAU